AUGAGGACAGAAGCGAUAGAAGGCAACAACACUAAACCUAAUGCUCCUCUUCUGACUCAACGGUACCCAAGGAUGGUCACUAAAGAUGGGCAUAGCACACUCCAGAUGGAUGGUGCCCAAGGAAAAGGAAUUGCAUACUUAAAAGACGCUUGGGGAAUACUAAUGGAUAUGCGCUGGAGAUGGAUGAUGUUGGUAUUUUCAGCUUCUUUUGUCCUCCAUUGGCUUGUUUUUGCAAUUCUAUGGUACUUCUUAGCUGAAAUGAAUGGUGAUCUGGAGAUUGAUCAUGAUGCCCCACCUGAAAACCAUACUAUUUGUGUAAAGUACAUCACUAGCUUUACAGCUGCUUUUUCUUUUUCACUGGAGACACAGCUCACAAUCGGUUAUGGCACAAUGUUCCCAAGUGGAGACUGUCCAAGUGCAAUUGCUCUACUUGCUAUACAAAUGGUACUGGGUCUAAUGCUGGAGGCUUUUAUCACAGGUGCAUUUGUAGCAAAAAUUGCCCGACCAAAGAAUCGAGCUCUAUCCAUCCGGUUCACUUAUCUUGCAGUGGUGACACACAAAGAAGGAAAGCCAUACUUAAUGUUCCAAGUGGCUAAUACUCGCCCAAGUCCACUCACCAGUGUUCGGAUCUCUGCAGUUCUUUAUGAAGAACGUGAAACUGGCCAACUGCAUCAAACUACUGUGGAUUUUCAUUUGGAUAGCAUAACUUCUGAAGAGUGCCCAUUUUUUAUUUUUCCCUUAACAUAUUACCAUUCUAUUACACCAUCAAGUCCUCUAGCCAUUCUUCUACAAAGGGAGGCUCAUCAUCACUUUGAGCUAGUAGUCUUUCUUUCAGCCACCCAAGAAGGCACAGGAGAAACAUGUCAAAGGAGGACGUCCUAUCUCCCAUCAGAGAUUGUAUUAUAUCAUCACUUUGCCUCUAUGCUUGCUCGUGGUGCCAAAGGGGAGUAUCAAAUCAAAAUGGAAAAUUUUGAUAAAACAAUUCCAGAACUUCCAGCAACAGACACUAAAAGUUCAAAAAGGACUGAAAUGGAGAUUCGCAUCAAUGGACAGCACAUUGACAGCUUCCAAAUCUGUGAGACACAGAUAACAGAAUAA